UUGAAGAAUUUGUAAAAAAUGCAAAGGUUAAUGAGUGGUAUAUUGAUUCUAGGUUUUGUUUCAGCCACAUUGUGUCUGAGCAGCAAUGCUGAAACCAAAGUCAAAUAUUUUAAUGUGAUGGAUUAUGGAGCUCAUGCUGAUGGCCAAACUGAUGAUUCAAAUGCAAUUUCAAAAGCAUGGCAAGGUGUGUGUGGAGAGGAAGGGCCAGCAACUCUAUUGAUACCUUCAAGCAAAAUAUUUUUGGUGAAAAGAUUAAACCUAAGUGGUCCAUGCAAGGCUCCAAAUGUUGGCAUUAAGUUUGAAGGGAAGAUAGUUGCUCCAUCAAUGAAUGAAUGGGUUGGUGAUUCGUUCAGUUGGAUUCAGAUAUUACACGUAAAUGGUCUAACAAUUGAUGCUGAUGGAGGAAUCAUUGAUGGCAAUGGUUCUACUUGGUGGGAGAAAUGCAGAAAUUGUACACGACCAAUAUCUUUACUUUUCCAAUCUUGUAAUGGUCUUACUGUGAAAUCUCUGAGAAUGAGGAACAGUCCUGGAUUUCACAUAUCUGUAUAUGGCAGCAAUGGUGCAUUAUUCACUCAAAUCAAUAUCAAUUCUCCUCGGAAAAGUCCUAACACGGAUGGCAUUGAUAUAUUUUCCUCUAAAAAUAUAGCAAUUGAAGAUUCUACUCUGGCAACAGGUGAUGAUUGUAUUGCCAUUAAAGGUGGCAGUUCAUACAUCAAUGCAACUAGAAUUUUUUGCCAAGGAGGCCAUGGGAUAAGCAUUGGAAGCCUUGGUAUAAACAAAUCCUAUGAGACAGUUGAAGAGGUACAUGUACAAAAUUGCAGCUUCAUUGGAACUACAAAUGGAGCAAGAAUCAAGACAUGGCCAGGUGGAUCAGGCUAUGCUUUUUGCAAGAACAUUGUUAAUGGAACGAUUGAAAACACCGUUCCAAAAGUUUCUUGUGUAUAAAAUGAAUUCCUACGCCAACCUUGGUGGUGCUGAUUUAAUGUAAGGGAAAUUAAGGUUUGUUAGAACUCUAUGUACAAGUCAUGCAAUAAAUCUUCUAAGGGUCUAUCAAGUGAACUUGCAUUAUGGAGUUCAACAUUUUUAACAAUCACUAUGUUCUAAUUAAGUUGGAUGUAUAUGGUUUGUAUGGUUAAAUCUCUUAAAUAUGUU